UUUUCGAACAUCAGCGAAACCGCCUACUAAGAUUUUUCGAAACUUUCGCACUUCGAGUGGAAACACGGUGUUACUUUUCGCGCUGCUGAUAAGGAUAAUCGUUGUGCGCAAAAAGAGGGAAAACCCACGUGGAAGUUGAGUUUGUGUUUGUGUGUAUGUGUGCGUGGAAAAUCGAAGCUUGCGCAGACGCACUCCACAACCCUGUACAGUGGGUGCACACACAGAUACACAGCAAGAAGAAUAAGAGUGGUUUUCGAUGUGAAUGAAACGUGUGUGUGUGUGUCCCCGUGUGUUUAUAUUUUCCGUUUGUGCCCGUUGUCCUUCAAUGCGUUUGGUGUGAAGCGCCGUGUGAAAAAUAAUACCUCCAUUGAAGUGAAGUGAAUGUGUCGCAACAAAAAAAUAGAAUCGGUUUCAGGUUUUGCAAAAUAUUUUGCGCUGACCGACAUGCCCAACAAAGUGUUUUAUUAUUAUUUUGAUAUAAGUACAGGGGAACAGUCAAACCGGCAAACAGUCCACAGCCCAGGCAAACUGAACCUCCGCUCAAGCUCAGCAGAAGAACAAAAAAACGUGUAAAAAGACAGUAAAUUCGCUAAAUGAAAAUUGUUCCACUACGUGAUGAACAAUUGUUAAUGUGAUUUAAAUCGAGCACAUCAUCACCUUUUGCUUUGCUUUUUUUUACCAACACACACACGUCAAAUGAGCUACAAACUUGUGAUUAUUUGUGACAGAUUUUAGUAGUUACUCUUUGUGAGCUGAUGCCCAAGCGGGGAUUUGGCUCUUGGCCCUCUUGGCAAAACUGAAACAAAAUUGGCACCUGUCAUCGAUUGCAGCAGGAAAAGGGUCGAUGGGGAAAGGGUGGCCUAAAUUAUUGUGCGGCAAAAUGCUAGGCAAAGGCAAAAUAUUAAAUAAUUUGACUCGCGACUUGUGAUGGAUCCUACGGCGGGGACACACAGCGGGAGGAGUAAAUUUUCCGUGCAACCUGUGACCACGUUGUGAUAUUUUAGGGUUUUGUUUUUAUUUUUAUUUUGUUUAACCUCUUCGUUCGCUCGCUCUUUGCUCGAUCAUGCGAACAAUCAUGAGGUGAAUGAUUUCGCCGUCCCCCACUCAACAAUGAUUUUUCCUUGACCGUGGCGUUGGUGUGCGUUGCGUUUCGAAGGUGAAGGAAAAGCUCAAAGACACGUUAUCUGAACGGCUGCUCUUUGCUCUCUAAAACCAAUUCAUUCUGUGCGCGAUGGAUGAGUUUCUGGGGUUGUAAUCCCACUUUAUGUUGGUUGCCUUACUCCCACAGACACAUAGACACACGUUCUCUGGUUGAAUUUUUGUUCCCAAAAAUAAAGACAUCGACAACAUUGGACCUGUCUUUCAAGUCGGAACCGAACUGUUUGAGCGAACAGUUAUCACAAGGGCGCCACUUUUCCUGACUUCUUGUUUAUUUUAAAGCGAACAGAAGAAUAAGCUGCUCUCUGGGUGAAAUACUUUUUGUGUGAGAAAUCUCUCUGUAAGGUCGAUUGUUAUUUUUUCAUGCUUUCCUAUCUGUGUGUCGCCAAUCCGUCAAGAAGACACCAAGAUUCGACCGGAUCGACCGUUUCGCUAUCGGUGACGAGAUUCUUCGACCACUGCCCCUCCUGCUUCCUCUUGCGCGCAUAUUAACACCUCGUGUGAAUAAUUUUUGGGAACAAACGACCCGCAGAUAAUUGGACCACGGCUGAGGUCUAGUGGAUUCGCUUCCCGUGUCGGCACUGAUUAAGAUUAUCUAUCGGGUUUCGUGUGUGUGUGUGUGUGUGUGAACGUGGUGCAAUUGGCACUGUUAUCGCUCAUCCGCCAAAGAAAACCCCAACAAACGCGCGCUAUUAAUCAAUCACGCUUGUUAGAAUGAUGCCCUUUUUGGAGUGCGCGUUCAUUCAUACUCGAGCUGAUGGAUUUAUCUUUCCUCUUUUUUGCUCCUGUGGGCAGGAUUGUAGAGGAUUUUAUUUUCUUUUUCUGGUGUUGUUGUGUGUGCUGAUUCUCUGCGGAUUCUUUUGAGUUGCGACCGUAAAUCAUUCCAUAAAUAUUUACUGCAGUGAUUAGCGGCUCAUAAAACCAGAGGGCAGAGAUUCUACCUGCCGCAUGGGCUAUAUCUGUUGCUACCUUAGUAUGAUAAAGCUUUUUUUGUGCCAUAUUCGCUAUCGCCCAUCUGUGCGUUGCGAUAACGUUGUUUCGAUGGAAUGGUUGAUAAGUCAUCGAUGUUGGAAUUAUUAAUGGAACUAAUUGGAAACCAGCGAUAUGAUAUUAUUCAUUUUGUUUUAUCAAAUUCUUAUUAAAAUACAAGACAAUUAAACAAAUAGCUGUCGCUGUCCCUAUAAAGCCAUUCACGACUUCAAGUAGUGCAGCAUUGAAUGGCAUGGUCACACGUGUCUUCGAGUAGUUCCCCCUCGGGGGCAUCUCCAUUGACGCAACACUGUUCUGUUCCAUUCACUUACCGCACUAUCAAUUUUGGCCUCAACAAGUGUGUGACAGAGAAGAGCACUAACCGGUACAUUCUAGUGCUGUAAAAGCUACAACAACCCGUUGUUUACCGACCCACACGCCGUCUUAUCGCACUUUCGCUGGAAAAGAUGCGCGCGCUUUUGCACUCUUCCCAUUGUGUCCCACUUGAACCGGAUGAUUCUUUUCUAUUUCUUGCCGCUCUGAAUCAUCCCGCUCGGCUGGUCAGUGCCGUAAGUGCUCUUGAGGUAGGGAGCCACGCGUAACCUUUAAGACGUAAUCCUAACUCGGGCCUCAAAAAAAGGAUAACUGUUACCGUCCGUCCCAAAUUAACCGGGUAAAGGGCCAAAGCAACGAAAGGUGAAAUAAAAAUCCCAGUCGUGGAAUCCUUUCUCUCUUGUUGCUACAGUGUGUGAAUCUCACAAUACCCCACGGGUAUUUGAGAAGGGUAAAGGAUACCAAUUGGGGCAUCCUCGUUGCUGGAAGAAUGAUACGAUGAUGAGGGUUUUUUCUUUUGUGGGAAAGGAUUCCACAGGGGAAAAACUCAAAACGGAUGUUUAUUAGCUAAAUCGGUUUAUGUGAGCCCUUUUUUGGAAGGUAAAACCAUGGGAAGCAAGAGCUCAACAUGGUUUUGUGUUUACAGUAUUCAAGUGAGAUAUUAUUAUAAUUUUUAUAAUAGAAGUAACAGUAAUGAAGACCUAAGAAAUAGGGAAUAAUGAUUGCUCUUCUCAAAAUUGAAAGAUGAAAGCUAUCAACAGUUAAAAAUUAAUGCUAUCAAUGCUUCAAAAACAACCCUCAAAAGUCUGGUUCAAUGCGACCUCAUAGCCAGAUUCUUUUCCUGACGUACGAAACACGUCUAUUUGCGGUGAAAAUUAUGCUUCGCAAACAUAUACUGCUCAAAUAUUUGUUCCUACGUGACUCCGUACAGCGACAGCUCACAGUUCCAAUUGCUUCGUAACGACAGGCCUGGGCUUUAACUUGUGAAACAUACAAAGCUCUCCUGUGUAUGAUGAAGAUGUGUCACCGACAGCAGACUGAAAUGGUAUGAUCAAAAGCACACGUGUGCUUUGAUGCGCGCCAGCUUUGAUGUACGAAUUUGCAAGGGACAGUGAACAGGGGAAACAAAUUUAGGAGGAAAAAAUAAAUAGAUCAUAGGGCUGUGUGAGGGAGUAUGAGAAGCAUGCAAGCGAAAAGGGCUGGGAAAUUGAAACGUUCUAUUUUGUGCUUCAACAAAUCAGGAACUUCCAAAUCUCAAUAAAUACCUUAAUUUUUUUGCCAAUGAUAAAGCCCCACUGUCAGUAUCUCGCCUUCACCAAAUAAAAACUGUUGCACUUUUCUCAAGGACCGAUCGAUCGUUCCAAAAUGCUGCAAGGUUUUGCGGAAAACUUAUCAACAGCGAUACGUCCGCAUUCCUCAGACGCGCAUCGUUUUCCGAGCGAUCUUUAGACCGGUGCGGUCAUUGGACCUCUGUUUGAACGACUUUUCGCAUCAGCGACGCUCAGAUGUCGGUCACUUGGUCGUGCGCUGUAGUGGGCUUAGUGAGCGACAAACGUCCAUUAAACGGUAACCGAAGAAGGAGAAAGAAGGCUGACGAGGUUGUCUAGGCGAAACGCGUGAACGUACUGGUUGAACAGUUUAAAUGUUUUCGCAGCAAAAAAAGGGAACCAACAAUUUUAAUUAAAAUUAUUAAAGCAUAAAACCACGUGCUAUAAAUUAUUUUUUUAUUUGAUCAACCACAACAGAGCCGCGAUUGAUUGAACCACCACCACGCGUGUGGCUCAUUAAUUGUACAUUCAUCUCACAGGGCUGCUUCGCAGCUCAACCCUUUUUUUGUUAUUCAUACCACACACGCGACAACACACUCCCACUACGCCCUCCGGUACACACACACGGUCAAAGAAUGACCAUCCAGCUCGAUGAAGGGCGCGAAAAAUAAAUGUCAAGGCCACCCGAUGAUGGUGCCAGUUGACUGUUGAUCGUACAAUCAGACUAUUUGACUGCAGUUAGUAUUACUUUUUGCUUCUUUUUUCGCUUGCGGAUACGCGAAUUCAAUAAAAAGUGGUCAAUAAAGCAGUCGAUCGGUCGAUCGACCACCCAACAAAGACAGUGGCGCUUGACGUUUGCCCGUGUGCCGCUGUUCAACUUUGGUGGGUGAAAAGCGCCACUACAAUUGUUCGGCGGAGAUUGAGAGCAAUUGAGUAGCGCACGAGUGAAAGAGAAACGAUUCGUCUCACUCAGACAUUGAAGUGAGAAUGGGAAAACGAGGGGCUGAUGACAAUGAAAAAACGGACCAAUUUAACGGAAAACAUCUUUUUUUUGCGGACGUGUGUGGUUUUCGUCGAUGUGGCUAAGCGUUGCACACAGCAACAGUGUGGUGAAUUGUGUCGUUGCUAGAGCAAAGAGAGACAGGGUCAGCUAUGUUUGUGUGCAGGGGAGAGAGAGAGUAAGGACAUAAAUUAGUGGACAAAUAUCUCACUCAGCGGCACCGGUUUGACAGUACCGACAGUCAUUCGAGUAGUGAAUUUGUGAAAAUUUUAAAAGAGAGAUAGAAAAAAAAGACCUUAUCGAAUGUUCUACAUCGCUGCUAGGUUCUGUUUGCUGUCCCUUGGCCGUGUUCGGUUUGCCUGAACAAAAAAAAACCCUCCCCCUAUACAUAAAGUGCCGCCCAAAUGUACCGCUCUUAAGUUACGCCGCAUUCUACCGUAUUCUCUCGCAGCUCCAAACCGAGUAACGUUCAAGGUCAAUUUUCCACUCGGCGGGACCCGUGUGCAGGCCAGGGCAGUACAUCAUUUUCCCAUUAGCGAUUGACGCACGCCAUCCAACGCGAUGGACCCGCAGAGCCAGGUGACGGAGGCAUCGCUGGAGAUAUGGCGCACGCUUCCGGCCGCCAUCCGGCAGGAUCCGAGCUUGGCCUCCUUCCGGCAGGAGCACGAACGAUUACACGGUCCCGACGAGGAUCCGCUCCCGAACGAGGACGUCUCCGCGGACGAUGGCGACGAUAGCCACAGCAAGGAGUUCAUCACAAUCAAGGUCACCAACCCGGACAGCUCGGUCGAAGAUGGCAAAACGACGACGGUGGUGGCGGAGCAGAGCGAGAAGAAUGGCCAGAACAUGACGACCGACGGCGAGGGUGACGAUGGUCACGAGACGACGAUGGGCGGUCACCACGAGCACGGGAAGCUGUUCGGGUACAUUAAGAUCGGCACCCUGCUCGUCGUAUGGCUGAUCUUUACCGGUUUUCUUAUGUCGAAGCACGAGAAGGAACUUACGCCGCGGCAGCUAUCCGUACCGGAAGGAGCUUACAGGACAUACAUAUUGCCAGAACCAUCCCUAGGUCCUCGAAUCGGGAUCAACUUUAAAGGUGCCUUUCUAAGCGAUCAGCAUCACAAUAACACGAGCACGUACUUGUCAGUGAUCCUGCAGCUGCUGUACCUACCUAGCAAUAACUCCAACACGAGCUUCUUGUCCGAGUAUGAUGCCAAGUACACGGAGAACAUCACGAAGGUCUGGCUGGUUCCGAUACCGAGCUCGCUCGACGCAAUCGACCAGAUGGACGAGAUGACCCGCAAGCACGUGUUCGACAUUGGUCCGAUCAACCACCAGAAGGUGACGAGCGGAAAGGCCGUCGUACGGAUGCGCCUAACCACCAACCUGGAGGCAGACUUCCCGACCAAGUUCACGUACGACCCAACGCCGAUGGACACCGAAACGGGCGUGAUCUAUGCCGCGAUCGUACUGCUCGGCCUGUACGUGCUGAUCAUCUGGGAGAUAGUGCACCGCACGUUUGCGGCCAUCAUCGCGUCAACGCUGGCAAUCGGUGUGCUCGCGGCGAUGAACGAACGGCCCAGCAUGCCGAAGCUGAUCUCGUGGAUCGACGUCGAGACGCUGCUGCUCCUGUUCGGCAUGAUGAUCCUCGUUGCAAUCCUGUCCGAGACCGGUAUCUUCGACUAUCUGGCGGUGUACGCGUACCAGGUGACGAAUGGCAAGGUGUGGCCACUGAUUAACUGUCUUUGCGUCUUUACCGCCGUCAUGUCUUCGUUCCUGGAUAACGUGACGACCGUGCUGUUGAUGACACCGGUCACGAUACGAUUGUGCGAGGUGAUGGAGCUGAACCCGGUGCCGGUGUUGAUGUCGAUGGUGAUCUACUCGAACGUGGGCGGUACACUAACUCCCGUCGGUGAUCCGCCGAAUGUGAUCAUCGCCUCGAACAGUCACAUUGCGAAAAAUGGUGUCAACUUUGCUACCUUCACACUGCACAUGGCCAUACCGAUCUUCUUCGUCAUGAUCACGACCUACUUCCAGCUGCGCAUGAAGUUUAAGAACAUCAACGAUCUGCGCUUCAGUGAACCGCAGGACGUGCAGGAGAUCCGGCACGAGAUUGCCGUUUGGCAGCGGGCGGCCGCUUCACUGUCGUCCUACUCGAAGGACGAGGAUCUGGUGCGCGAAACGCUGCUGAAGAAGGUGAACCGGCUGUCGCGCUCGCUCAAGAAGAAGCUCGUCACCGGUUCGGUACCGGCCGAGAGCUACAAGGCAACGCUGGAAGAGAUGAAGCGAAAGUACCCCAUCCGAAGCAAGACACUGCUGGUGAAGUCUGCCAUUACGCUUGCGUUUGUCAUCACCUUUUUCUUCCUGCAUUCGGCACCGGACAUUCAGAAGCUGUCCCUGGGCUGGACCGCACUGCUCGGUGCACUUCUGCUGCUCAUUCUGGCAGAUCGGGAAGACAUUGAGUCGGUAAUUUCGCGCGUGGAGUGGUCCACACUGCUCUUCUUUGCCGCCCUGUUUAUCCUGAUGGAAGCACUUUCCGAGCUGGGGCUGAUCGAUUGGAUCGGCAAGCAGACGGAAAAUGUGAUCCUCUCCGUGUCGGAAGAAUCUCGGCUUGCUGUGGCCAUUCUCAUCAUCCUAUGGGUAUCUGCAUUCGCAUCCGCAUUUGUUGACAAUAUUCCGCUCACCACGAUGAUGGUGAAGAUUGCCAUCGGUCUUGCCGAGAACGAGGCGCUAGACCUGCCACUGCAGCCACUGGUAUGGGCGCUGGCGUUAGGAGCAUGCUUAGGAGGUAACGGCACCCUGAUUGGAGCCUCCGCCAACGUCGUUUGUGCUGGUGUUGCUGAGCAGCACGGCUAUAGGUUUACCUUUAUAGAAUAUUUCAAGGUCGGUUUCCCCGUGAUGGUCGGUAGCGUGAUCGUCUCAACCAUCUACCUUAUGUUUGCACACGUCGUCUUCACCUGGCACUAGAGAGUUUCGGGCUCGUGUGGGACAACAUUCUUGUCUACCUGUGCCUCCGUAUCGAUAUGUGCGUUUUCGCGCCUAAGAAAAACCCCCCAACCCCAUCCCAAACCCUUUAUUAGCGAGGAAUGGGAGCCUAGAAGAAGAAGAAGUAGAACAUGAGUUGCCAUUAGCAAAAACCUAUGCUGCGCAAGAGGGUGUAGCAGACAUCGUGAAGAGCGUGUAAAUUAAUCACACUACUGUAGGCACUACUACUAGAAGCUAGUAUCUAUCCUUCCCUCUCUAAUACAAUACCUGAAACAACGACAACUGGCGGUUGAUAUGACGAUCAAUUAACUUCACUCCUCACUGGGCGUUUCGCAAACGCAGCUAUAUAUGUAUAUUGUGAUAAGCUUUACCAAUAACUUCUUGGAUCCGUGUUUCUACUUCUCAACCCGCACUCACACGUACACGUCCCAGUGCGAGCGCCCUCUACAUAAGUUCAACGCCAUACCAUUAUACACAGAGAAGUUAUUCAGCUAUCCAAAACAAAAGCACAACUACUACGGAGCGGAACGGAAGUUAGAUGGAAGAUUACAUAGAGCCCAGAAGAAAACAAAAACUGCGUCUCCCUUUGUGAGGCGUUGUUGAUAAGUCAAUUUGAAGUUAGAAAAGGAAGUGAUGCGUACGGCUAAGUGCAUUUUUAGUGCAGUGGGGGGAAAAACGGGCAACAAAAAAAAAAAAAGAACGUUACUUGAACUGAGCAGACGUACGCGAUCACUUCCGGUGGGUUGCUAUGGGAUGCAUGAGCGCAAGCUAUACAGCAAAGAAGGUUUAAACUAUCCCUGGCAAGGAUACUUUCUGUGUAAAGUAUUUUAUUGUGUACUCACAACUACAGGUAUUUCUCAACGUGUUAAAUGAUGUUACUGAUGUUAUUAUGCUGUAAACAAUUGUUCACUUUGUCAUACAAUCGAUAGAAUCAAGAAAAAAAAACUACCCUUCCCCGGUUAUGAUACUGCUGAGCUAGAGCGAUCGACGAGCCUCAGAUGCAGGGUUUUUUCCCGUUUUUUCUUUUGUUUUCCGUUCAGUUUUUUUCUCCGUCUUUAUUAGUGUUGUCUCGAAAGACGUACACAGUGGAGUCGCUAUCGGUGUACGUGACCAACAAACACAAUAUUGCAAGGUUUUAAUAAUGUAUAUUUUGUUUCAUGCUAUUGCUUUUGUCCUCAAGUUACGUUUGUUACGAUUGUUUUCCUUCGGGUAAUAAAUUAUCAUCUUUCGUACUGAGGGACGCACGGACUAAGCUGUGUGUGUGUGUGUCCCCAGUCAGAAACGUUUAAAUGAAUGCGUGAAUAAGUUAUUUCAAAACACGAAACCAAACGCCACCCUCGGGUACGUCCUAGAUACGUUUUUAGAGCCUCGAUUCUAAGAAAGGAUCAAAACACCCUUCUAUUAAGCGAGUGGGCAGAGAAGAGAACUCAUAAAAGACAUUCCACAAAACACACACAUGGGUAUGCAGCCCAAUAAAGUAGAGCUGGCUGUAAAUGGGGUUUUGCGAGAAUGAAUGCGACAGGGGAAUAUGGAAAACCAAAACAAACAAACGGUAUGAUCAUGUAGGAUGUAGUGCUGUAGAAAUAAACUAUGCUCUGUUUUUUGGAAUGGAAAAGCCUAUAGAAAAUGGAUCAAAACAGCAAAGGAAUGGUUGGAAAUGGCAAAAAAAGGAUUAAGAUUCGUGUACAGCAAGAACUUUCUGCUUCUCGCUGUAGCUGAAAAUGUGUGUGUGUAAAGUAAGACACGAUCGUUUAAUCGAAGAGGAAUGGAGCUGAGAAACCCUGCCCCUGUGGGGGGUUUACGCAUGUUUUGUGUAGCAAAAUUGUAGAUAGAUGGCAAAACUAAACCCGCUGCUGGAUGUUGGAGUGUGAAGGGUAAAUGAGAACAGGAGCGUACGUGUGUGUAUGUGUGUGUGUGUAAGAAGAGGGAGAAUAUUGUACAGAAUAGCAAAACGAGGAUCGAGUGGCUUUUUUUGUAUGGAUAACACGAUCAGCUUAAGGGAAAGGUGAACAAGAAAACUGUGCUUUUAAACCGAAGGUUUGCAGCAGGAUGGUAAAAAACCAGCAAAUUGUAAAUUAGUGAAAAAACACACGAUUGAUCUUGUGCGAAAAGGAUUGAUUUUGCUGCAGUAGCAAAUGAAUGGAAUCGAAAUGUUAAUGUAAUGGCACACCAAUUGAAGAAAAGAAAAGCAAGUAAUGAAGGAACGUAAAACAAAACAAACCUAAUUCUAAAUGAAACGUGAGUGAAAGCAGUACUCGGGAAUGGUCAUGGACAAGUGAAAGCACAUUUUUCGUUAAGUUUUACCGUAACAGAAAGCAUAGAAAGGUUUACAAACAAACGAAUGUAGAACAACCUGUAGCGAAGCAGCACACAUUAAUGGCGGAGCAGCAAGCUGGCAACAGUGGCACAGUGCAAAACGUGACGGAAAGGUGAAAGAGCAUCACACGUUUUGGGGUAGAGGUUGAUUGCGUGAAUUUGUUACUAUAUUGUAGUUCUACAACUAGAGAGUAGAGCCAAUGCCCGCCCCGAGUGCAGUGAACACGCGUGACGGGGAAGUGCAAGCGUGAAACGAAACGCACUGUGUGCUGGAUGAAGAGGAUGCUGGGGUGUAAAGGUAGAAAGGCAAAAACACAGCCCGACAGCCCAAAUAUGAACUAGACAAAUAAUAAAACUAUUAAAUGAAAA